AUGGAGAGGAUUUGUAAGAAUGGACCUUCACUUGCCUAAUCUCAUACUGAUUGCAUACGGUUCCUUUCUACUUGUUAAAAAAGUAGUUGUCGCAGAAAAGAGUGUUUUGAUUAUAAUUAUGCAAUUGACUCAGCUUGUGCUUCAAUAUUUGAAGAUAAAAGAUGUGCAACCAAUGGGUAUCAAUGUAUUUUACGAGGGGCUUGUGAAGAUAUUAUUACUAGUGAUGGUUGUACUUAUGAUAUUAAUCUCAAUCCUUGUGUAUGGAUUAAUCAAAAAUGUUAUACCAAAGUUGUGACACUGCAUCAAUCUCAAUAACUGAAUAUUUGGAAUGCAGUGCAUAUUUUCCAGGUUGCACAGCCAAAUAAGGAGGAGGAUGCACUAAAAAACAAAAGUGUAAAAAUUACUAAAUUAAAGAGGCAUGCUAUACAGAUAGUGAAAAUGUGGAAUGUAUAUGGGAUGAUUAACUCAAUUAAUGCUUUUCCAAUUAAUGCAUUGAUUUCUGCGGAGAUGGUAUAAUUUCGAGUAAAGAAGAAGAAUGCGAUGAUGGAAAUUAUUUACCUUAUGACGGUUGUUACAAAUGCCAAAUUCAAUGCCCUUUAGGAUGUAAUAGUUGUAAUGGUUGGGUAUGUGAAGAGUGCCAAAAUAAAGGGUGGUAAUUGAUGAAUGGUAUUUGUACUGCAAUAUGUGGGGAUGGCUACAUUACAGGUUAGGAAUUAUGUGACGAUGGAAAUCAAAUUGAAUUUGAUGGAUGCUUUGAUUGUAACUAUUCUUGUCACCAGAAGUGCCUUGAUUGCUUCUAAGGACUAUGUUUACUAUGCGAAGAUGGAUACUUAGAAGACGGAUCAUAAUGUUUUAAUAUUUGUGGAGAUGGUUUACUAAUAAAAAAAUUAGAAUAAUGUGACGAUGGAAACAUUUAGAAUAACGAUGGAUGUAAUAAUGCUUGUGAAGUUGAAGAUAAUUGGAGAUGCUAAUAAGAAAAUAAUAUAAGCGUGUGUAAAUAUAAUAUUCAACCUGUUAUUAUCCUUACUAAACUAUCAAAAUCAAAAUCAGAUAAUCAAGAAUUUCGAUUAUCAUUUUCUGAACAAGUACGUUUGAAUGUAAAUGAAAUUAAUGAAGAAUAAUUUCUUCAGAUGAUUGUUGUUACUAUUGAAAUUGUUUAACAUUCUGAAUAUGAUGUUGAAAUCAAACCCAUUGUUCCAAUCACCCCUAUUUUGGCUGAUGUAAGUUAUAAGAUAAUAGUCUAUUUUAAAAGUAAUCUUUCAAAUCCGUAAUUAACAGUUACAAUCAGAUGUGAGAAUAUUGUAAAUAUUUAGGACAAUACUUUACUCUCUAACUAAGCAAAUUUACUAUUAAAAUCUCCUAAUAAAAUGUCACAAGAUAACUAUUAUUUAUAAAACAGCCCUUCUUAGUAAGAUAGUCAUGUAUAUCAUCUUAUUUGUCACUGGAAUAGCUUUUUGUUGCGGCAAUUUAGAAAUUUUAUGGAAUCUCCUUGA